UUCUUCAUUACAAAUUAUUCUCAGUCUUCCUUUCUUUAAUCUAAAACAAUGAAGGGAAACAGUGUUGGGUUUUUAAGCCUUUUGGUCUUUUCUUUUCUUCUUCUUUCAUCUCUCUCAACAUCUGCUCGUUUGCUGCUGCAAAUCAACCAUGAUGAAAAGGAGUUCAACACAAACGGGAUGAUCACCCAAGCUGAUGCAGAGGAAGAUCUCUCAUAUAAGUUGAUGGGGGCAGAAGAGUGCGAGGAGAAAGAUGAAGAAUGUGUGAAAAGAAGGGUGGUUCAGGAAGCUCACUUGGAUUACAUAUACACUCAAAACCAUAAGCCUUAAUAUUAAACAACAAUAUACAGAUAGAAAGAUAAAUAGAGUAUGUUUUACUUUUUUUAUUGCUCUAUCAAGAGAAAAAUGUGUAGUUGUGGAUGUCAUCAACAUAAAUAUAAUAUUUAGAGUUUGGAUGUAAUUUUGUUUUGAAUAAUUGAAGAGAAUGAUUUGCCUUA